AAUUUUCACACACACACACACACACAGUUGAAAAAACUUGCUGGCUUCUUGUUCCAAAACUCACCCCUUCUCUUUCUUCUAUCUCUCUCAUGGUGAUUUAAAAUCAAGAAACAACAAUGGCUAAAAACCUUCUAGAAGAAGUUGGAUCCAAACUUGAAAAUCCACCUGCAAAUAAAGAUGCACUUAUCAAACUCUUGAAGCAAGCGGCGGCAUCUUUGUCGGAAAUAGAGCAAUCACCGUCAAAAGCAGUAUUGGAGUCUAUGCAGCCUCUUGUAACUGCAAUCGUAAAGCCAGAAUUGCUAAAACAUCAUGAUAAAGAAAUUAAGCUUCUUGUUGCCACCUGCACAUGUGAGAUAACCAGAAUCACUGCUCCUGAAGCACCAUAUGAUGAUGAUAUUUUAAAGGACAUAUUUCAUUUGAUUGUAAGCACUUUCAAUGGGCUACGAGAUACCAAAGGACCAUCUUUUGGGAGGAGAGUAACUAUCUUGAAAACUGUAGCUAAAUAUAGAUCAUGUGUCGUGAUGUUGGAUCUUGAUUGUGAGGAAUUAAUCAAAGAAAUGUUCAGAACAUUUUUCGCUGUUGUCAGUGAUGAGCAUUCUGAGAGUGUUAUCUUAUCGAUGAAGACUAUCAUGGUGGUUCUUUUGGAAGAGAGUGAGGAAAUUAAUGAGGACCUUUUGCUCAUUAUUCUUUCUGUUUUAGGCCGAGAUAAGAGAGCCAUAACUAUGUCUGCAAGGAGGCUUGCUAUGAGUGUUAUAGGGCAUUGCGCUGUAAAACUUGAACCAGGAAUUAAGCAGUUUAUUGUAAAAUCAAUGUCGGGAGAAGAGAGCAGUCCUUCAAUUUCUCAAAUUGAUUACCAUGAAGUUAUUUAUGAUAUCUACCGUUGUGCUCCUCAGGCCUUAGCAGGAAUUGUGCCCUACCUAACAGGAGAGCUCUUGACAGAUAAAAUAGAUGUUCGGUUAAAAGCAGUCAAACUGGUGGGAGACCUUUUCUCUAUCCCAGGAAGUAGCAUUUCUGAGGCAUUUUACCCAAUCUUUUUGGAGUUUUUAAAGAGGUUGGCUGAUAUAGUUGUUGAGGUACGGAUGUCAGUUCUUGAACAUGUCAAGCGCUGUAUGCUGUCCAAUCCUUACAGAUUAGAAGCUCCUCAGUUAACCGCUGCGCUAUGUGAUCGCUUGCUGGAUUAUGAUGAAAGCAUACGCCAAAAAGUUGUUGCAGUAGUUUCGGACCUAGCUUGCCAUGAACUAUCUUCUAUUUCACUCGACACUGUCAAACUUCUAGCCGAUCGACUUCGUGACAAAUCGCUCCCUGUGAAAAAGUAUACCAUGGAGAGGCUAUCUGAUGUGUAUAGAACUUGCUGCUCGGAUUUAACGAGGGAUGGUUAUGAUUGGAUCCCCGGACGAAUUAUAAGAUGUUUUUAUGACAAAGAUUUUAGAUCAGAUACAGUUGAACACGUUCUGUGCACCACCCUUUUUCCAGCUGACUUCUCAGUCAGAGAUAAGGUUACAACGUGGAUCAGAGUAUUUUCAAAGUUUGACAGUGUGGAGGUAAAGGCUUUAGAGAAAAUACUGGAGCAGAAGCAAAGGUUACAGUUGGAGUUGCAAAAAUACUUUUCUCUCAGGGAGAUGUAUAAUAAGUUUCAGGAAAGUGAUGCUUCAGAUAUCCAGAAGAAAGUUACACUUUGCUUUCGGGUCAUGUCUCACUGUUUUACAGAUCCCACUAAAGCCGAGGCAGAUUUCCUGCUUCUCCAUCAACUAAAGGAUGCUAAUGUUUGGAAAAUGUUGAGAAAACUACUUGAUCCUAACACUACGUCUCUUCAAGCUUGUAGAUAUCGGGAUGAAUUGCUUAAUGUUGUUGGUCAGAAACAUCCGCUUCAUGGAUUUUUGAGCACUUUGUCUGUGAAGUGCUCAUAUAUACUUUUCAACAAGGAUGAUGUUAAGCGUAUUCUUCUGGAGGCGAAAUCAUCCCAAAAUAGUCUGCUGACUCAGUCUUGCAUGAAUAUACUUGUGAUUAUUGCAUCCUUCAGUCCUUUAUUGCUUAGCGGGGCUGAAAAAGAGUUGGUUCAUCUUGUUGAAGAUGAUAAUGAAGUAAUAAAGGAAGGUGUUUUGCACGUUUUAGCAAAAGCGGGUGGAACCAUUCGGGAACUCUUGGGAGAAGCAUCUAGUACAUUAGAUUUAUUACUGGAGAGAAUAUGCUUAGAAGGUAGUAGGAGGCAGGCCAAGUAUGCUGUACACGCGUUAGUGUCUAUAACAAAGGAUGAUGGCCUCAAAUCACUAUCUGUUCUAUACAAGAAACUUGUAGAGAUGCUAGAGAAGAAGACACAUUUGCCUUCUGUUCUACAGUCUCUAGGUUGCAUUGCACAACUUGCCAUGCCAGUAUUUGAAACUCAAGAAACCAAAAUUCAAGGCUUUAUAAAAGAAAAUAUACUAGGAUGUAGUGAGGAAACAAGUGACAAGACAAAAGAAUCUUGGGAUGAUAAAAGCCAACGUUGUUUGUUAAAGAUAUAUGGCAUCAAAACUCUGGUGAAAAGCUAUUUGCCUGUGAAAGAUGCACAUCUUCGUGUUGGGAUUGGUGAACUGAUCAAAGUUCUUAAGGACAUGCUUUCUAUAGGGGAAUUCUCUAAAGAUAUUGAAUCAAGUUCUAUUGAUAAAGCGCAUUUAAAGCUAGCUUCAGCCAAAGCUAUUCUUCGUCUGUCAAAGCUUUGGGAUAAGGCCAUCCCAAUUGAUGUAUUUUACCUCACUUUAAGAACAUCAGAGAUUGGGUUCCCUGAAGUUAAAAAACGGUUUCUCAACAAAGUUUAUCAAUACAUCAAGGACCGAAGUUUGGACCCAAAAUAUGUGUGUGCUUACUUCCUAGGCUUAAAAUCUGAAUGGUCACUGCAGGAUCAGAAAUCUGAGGAGUAUUGUAAUCUAAAUGACAUCAUUCAGAUGUGUCAGCAAGGAAAGGUAAGGCAACUUUCUAUGCAAAGUGAUGGAAACUCUUCGGUGGUUCAUCCUGAGUAUAUGCUUCCGUAUUUAAUUCAUGCACUUGCACAUCAUCCUUCAUGUCCGAACGUUGAUGAAUGCAAGGAUCUCAAAGCAUAUGAACCAAUCUACCGGAAAUUGUAUGUAUUCCUAUCUAUGUUGGCACUUGGAGAUGAAGAAGGGAAGGCUGGCAAAAGUCUAAAGAAAGAAGAAGUUUUUUCUGUACUUUCAAUUCUUCAAAGCAUCAGGAGCUCUGAAGAUGCUGUAUCUACAAGCAUGUCAAAGAAGUCGUAUGCUAUCUGCGACCUUUGCUUUUCAAUCACCAAACGUUUAGCACAAAACCAAGAAGAGCUCCAGGAACCAUUAGUACAUGUCUCUUUACCUCAAGUGCUGUAUAGACCAUAUGACAAAAAACAUGACAAGAAAGAAGAAAUGGAGGAAAAAGAAUACAAGAAAGAAGAAGAGAAAGAAGAGAAGAAAGUAGACGAGAAAGAUGAAAAGGAGAAAGUAGAUGAGAAGGAUGAAAAGGAGAAAGAAGACAAGAACCAUGUCACUGAAAGGCAGACAUGGUUGGCUGAUGCUGAUGCUCUUGCGCACUUUGAGUUGCUUAAUAUGGAAGCUAAUGACAGUGUUCCGUCAAAUACUAUUGAAGACGUUAAGCUGAAGGACAGUGAAACGGAUGAUAACGAGGUGCCUUUAGGAAAGUUACUGAAACGGAUAAAAGCAAAAGUAAAAGAAAGGAAGGAGGCUAUGAAAAUUGGUUCUACACUACCUGCUGCCGAAACUAAUGAUAGUAAUGUGGAUAAUUUUGAUAUUUUGGGGAUGGUGAGAGAGAUUAAUCUGGAUAGUCUAGGUGUGCCAAGUAAGUUUGAGUCCAUUAAUGGUCAUGAAGUAGAUAAAACUGAGGAAAAGCGCAAGAGGAAAAGAAUACCUACUGAAAAAAUGAAUAUGUUCGUGCCCAAACGUCAGAGGUCAAAAGAGCUGUCAGUUUUUGAUAGCAUAAAAAUGAGUGACAUAAAUGAUCUUUCUUUGGAGCCAACUCACUCAGAUGAUAGAGGUCAUAUACAAAAAGAAUAUGAGAAUGGUGACAAGACUGGUGUGGGAAGGCUUAACAAGUAUAUGGAUACUGAUGGUAAUAAAAAAUCAGGAUCUUCAAGGAAGAGAAAACCAAAAAGUGUUACAGGAUUAGCCAAGUGUUCUUCAAAGGAAGUGGAAGGUCACACUACAGAUUUGAUUGGCAAACGAAUAAAAAUUUGGUGGCCUUUGGAUAAAGCGUUUUAUGAAGGAUUAGUAAAGUCAUAUGACGGUCAAAAGAAAAGACAUGUGGUGUUGUAUAAUGAUGGUGAUGUUGAAGUGGUACGUUUGGACAAGGAGCGGUGGGAGCUCAUUGCCAACACUCCCAAGGCUAAGAAGCAGAAUAAAUUGUCCAAGAGUCUACGCCCUAUAGGAAGGUCCACUAAGACGAAAAGUAAAGUUUUGGAUAAAUUCAAGAAAAUUAAGUCAGUAGACACUGACAGAUCUCCAUCAUCUAUGGUAAGAGGCAAGAGAACCCCAAGAAAAAAUACAAAGCAACGGAAAAAGGCAGUUAGCCGAAGAACUCUUGAAUAUUUGGAAGAAGAAAGAAAAGCAGAUUCUGAUAUGGCAGAACCUGAGCCAGAACCAGAGCUCGAGCCUGUGCUCGAGAGUGAUUUCGAAUCAGAGCAUGUCACUUUCUCUAAAGUUGAUAAUUUGGAUACAGAAGAAGAAUCAAGUGAUAGAGAGGAAGCAAAAGAUGCAGGGAAUGGGUUCAUCGAGGGACAGUCAUCGGGUACAAGUGAAAAAUCUAAUGAAGAUGACAUUGACACUGAUCCAGACACGCAUGAUGAGGCAGAGUUAUCAGAUGACAUGCCACUUAGCGCUUGGAAGUCUCAAAAAGAAACUGAGAAUGGGCCGGGAUCCGAUCAGGAAGAAGAUGAGAAACAGUCAUCGGGUACAAGUGAAAAAUCUAAUGAAGAUGACGUUGACACAGAUCCAGACACACAUGAUGAGGCAGAGCUAUCAGAUGACAUGCCACUUGGCGCUUGGAAGUCUCAAAUUAGGAAAGCAGGUGAAAGCAAAUAGAAUAUUAGUUGCUGAUGGUUUAGGAAACAAGAAGAUGAUGGCAUAUAAUUACGACCAACAGUACACCAAUAAAUGGCAAAUACGGUGUGUAGCUGAACUAGUAUGUGCAGUGACAUAUGCUUCUUUCGAUUAUUAUAGGCUAAUGUACAGAUGUAGCUGAUAUGCUUUGGGUAACUGACUCAAUUCUUUUGUUCAAGUGUGUAGAUUUUAGCUUCAUGUAAUCACUAAUGAUAGUGUAAAUCAUCAAAGCUAUAGAUAGAUACAUAGCAUCUUUUGCUUCCACAUCA